UGGAGGUAGCAGCAGCAAGGACAUUAAUUUUGAGGGGCUUUAGUGGGGGGAGAAGCAGCUUGGCUUUUGUAGGGUUUUGUUUUGUUGUUGUUUUUUUUUGUUUGUUUGUUUUUUUCAACCUUCUUUAUGCCUUGGGCCUCUUUGGCCUGAUUGAGUAAAAGAGGGUUGUAGGUUUUUGGUGCUUGAAAAAGCUGGGCAGACUGUUCUGGAUGGAAACUGGAGAGGGCUCCAAUUCUCUUGAGGGCUUUCUGAGACUCUAGACCUGAGUUGUAUGCUAGCUUGUAACAGUGUUAAGAAAAAGAAAAUGAAUUCUGCACCUGCUUCAGAGAGUGGAUCAUAUUCCACAAACCACUCAAGACCCUUCUUCUAUGCGCAGCCAACAGCGCAGCAACCUUUUCAACAUCCAUGGUACCUCAGCCAUACGUACAAUCCAUACUGUGUGCCUGCACCAGGCUUCCGGGGUGGACAUCCGUAUUUUCCGCUUUAUUCUGUUGCACUCCAUGAGUACCCUGGAUUUUUUGUUCCACAGCAUCCAGUGCAUGCAAGAAUUAACAGAAGGCCUUAUUUUAAUGCUCCCCCACCCUCUCCCAUGUUUUAUCAUGCAACGCGCUUUAGACACUACAGUUCCCCUGGGAGAAAAACAGAGACAAAAGAAACACAGACUGAUCCUAGACAGCCUGAAAACAAGCAGAAAAAGCAUCAAGAUACCCAUACAGAAACGAAAGGUUGUGAUGCAGGAAAUAUGGCCUGUGUUUCUUCUGGUAUAGGUACAGAGACUGAAAGUACUUCAGAGAAACAAGAUCUGUCUGGAUCUUCCAUUGUGGUAGACAGGGAGUUUCAUAAUAGUCCUUCGAGCUCUACACAGUAUAGAAAUCUUCCUACUGGAAGCUAUGCCUUUGAGAAGGAAGAGGUGAGAAUAGAAUACGGAAAUGGCUCUCCAGCUAUUCAACUGUGGAAGUCCUUUAAAGAAACCAUUCCUUUGUAUGAUGUGGCAAGUGGUAAACCAGUCCCAGAGAACGUGGUGCAGCGUGAUGUAUUUUCUGUUAGCUCAUGUGAGGGAAUGAUAUAUGGCCCUCACGAAGGGGAGAAAUUGGUGCCAGGAACUUACAUAGAUGAGAGAAAAGCUGUCCUCUCUUCAAAACAGAGCGUUGAAACUAUGCAAGAAAAAGAUGUCCAAGAUAAUGAAGUGAAGCUGGAUGCAGAAAAGCAGGUGACUGCAGGUCAACGGGCAAAAUCCCCUCCAGGUGAAGCCAUGGCAGUACAACUAGCAGAAUUAGCAAGAUCUGUUACCAUAGACCAACCGGCAGUAAGACAGGAUGUGCUAGUAGCUAAGAAAUCUAGCUCUAGGAGAUCCACAGGUUCAAAAACUUCUCAAGAAGAGUCCAGCUUUAUUCAGCAAGCAGGAUUGCUUCCAUCUAGUAUGGAGGUAAUGAGUGACUUGAGUUUUCAGCAGAAAAAGCUGAAUUUAAGCCAUAGCGCUAACAAUGAAAGUCAAACAGAUAGAAGCAUUUGGUGUGAAGAAUCAGUUGAGAAGUAUGUUCCUUCUAACAGCUGGCUGGCUUGUUUGGAUAAUAUGGAUGCAAACUACAGCUAUGACAUGUGUUUGCCACAAAGAAAACGUCAAAGUGUACUUAGUCUUUCUUCUGAUGACAUGUCCUCUAGAGAGGAUGGCUCGUCCAUUGAUAAUGCCCCAGUGUCUUAUUUUGUACCUGACUAUGUGCUUCAGAAAAGCACGUAUACCUUCCAGAAAAGUACAGAGGGCUUGGAGAAAGAGAAAAUUAAAAGUGGUGGGUCCCUCAAUGAAGAUGAAGCGGUAGGAAGGGAGCAGGUGAACAGCUUGAAUGGCCAAGAUGUCAAAAAUUCUUCAACCACGAAGAUUAAAGAGGCUUCCAGCAAAGGUAGAAGGCUGAGAGUCCUUCCUAGAUCUUCUAGUCGGAAAAAAAUCUGUUCUCUCAAGAAGAAAUCUGCCAAGAGUUUGUCAGAAAUUGAGGACUCAGAAGAAUACUCUAUGCAGGUAGAAGAGGAGGAUGAAGAUGAAGAGGAUGAGGAGUAUGAAGAUGAUGAUGUGGAUGAAAUAGAGUAUUUCUUUCAAGAAGCUGCUCCAUAUGGGAUCUUGAUGCCAAGUAAAGGAAACUUGUACCGACAGGUUGGCCAAAGGAUGCUUUGGAAGCCACCAAAAAAUGCUUUUCCAACUCACUUAAUUAGCUGGCCUGCUCAAGAGAAGAUAAAAACCAGGAGUAGGUUUGGUGAAAACAUCAGUGUUGUUUACAAACCAAAGGAGAAAGAACAAGAUGAAGUUGUAUAUAGUGACUAUGGGUAUUAUGGAAGAAAGAGGCCAAUGGCAAGAAGAGAAGAAGUUGAACACAAGCGAACACUUCAGAAAUUCUUGGGAGGAAGACUGAGGGAGAGCAUGGGGGUGCCAUCUGAAGAGUAUUGGAUUAGAAGUGGUGCUAAACCCAAAUUCACUGGGCAAAUACAUGGUAGUCUCUCACCCCAAGCCAAGAGCAAAGAACAAGGGAGCCCGCCUCUGGUUAAACCAAAGAAGAGAAUAGGCAAACCCCCACUAAAACGCAGAGACACAAGAUGUGAGGUGGAAGAAGUGGAAGUGUGGGAGAUGCCUAAAAGGAGCGUACGCAGAGGGUGCGGAGCAAGGAGGUCUCUUUAUAAGAGAAGAUAACUGCAAAUAUUGGGGCAGGAGGGGAGAAAAAUAUCAUAGGCUUGCACGAAACCAAAAGUAAAUUAAUAUUCUUGUAUAUCUUGUGAGUUGCUGUGCACUCUUCAAGGGUCCAAGGUGCCCUCCAUAUUUAUGAUGCUGCAAUUAAACUGUAGUAAGUAUUUAACACUGAACUAAGUCACUUUUUGUAACUAAUGCAUCCACUAUUUAAAUAAUAAACUUAAUAGAAGUGCA